AUGUCCGCGACCGCCGCACAGGCUUCCCCGACGUCCGCCGGUCCCAGCAGACAGAAUAGCGAGAAUGGCUCGGACCAGAACAGCGUCGUCAUCAAGGUCGGCAUGCUCGGAGACUCGCAGAUAGGGAAGACGAGUCUCAUGGUGAAAUAUGUCGAGGGCCACUUCGAUGAGGACUACAUCCAGACGCUAGGCGUCAACUUCAUGGAGAAGACCAUCACCGUCCGGCGAACAUCAAUCACCUUCUCGCUAUGGGACUUGGGCGGACAGCGAGAGUUCGUGAACAUGCUUCCACUCGUGUGCAAUGACGCGGUGGCAAUCCUGUUUAUGUUCGACCUCUCCCGGAAGUCAACACUGAACUCUGUGAAGGAGUGGUAUCGGCAAGCACGAGGUUUUAACAAGACCGCCAUACCAUUCCUGAUCGGCACGAAAUUCGACACGUUUUCAACGUUCCCUCGAGACGAGCAAGAAGAGAUCACGAAGCAGGCGAAACGCUUUGCAAAAGCGAUGCAUGCCUCGUUAAUCUUCUGCUCGACAUCAGCGUCAAUAAACGUGCAGAAGAUCUUCAAGAUCGUGCUGGCCAAAGCGUUCGACCUGAAAUGUGUUAUUCCAGAGAUCGACGGGGUGGGCGAGCCGGUGUUGAUGUACGUCGACGUAUAA